GCGCAUUAACUUCAAUACGUAGUUAAGGGCGGAAGGACUUUUCAUGCCAAUAUUUUGGCUUAAGAAAAUAAUUGAGUGCAGAUAUUUUACUUAGGCUACAGUGUCUCGACCCUGGGGUAUUGCUACUUCUUUUUUUUUAACCUAAUUAGUGUAAAGACCCUCUUCCACCAAUUGUUAUAUUUAUUUUAAUAGGUAAAGGUGACUUAUUGUCAGUUUUUUAAAGUUAAAGCUGAAACCGAGCAUCAUACCCAGCGCUGGACAACUAGAACCAGAUGUGCCGUUGUAAUUCUGUUUCACAACAACUGUCCCGUGACAUACCGAUGCACAGGGGCGGAGGGGGGUCACGUGGGCCCCGCCGUUGCAAACAACAAGGUUUUAUAGACAGGAGCUGCACACGGAAACUUUCAUCACAGCUCCACGGCAGCACGCGCAUCAAGGGCUUGUUCACCUGCAGAGCGAGAGGAUGGACGCAGCAUACAAGAGAGUGAAUGGAAACCCCGGACCGGGGUCAGAGCCAGAGGAGCCGGACAUGGGGCGACGGAGAAGGGGCUCCAUGUACCUGGAGGAGGAGACCAGCAAGAAGUCCGAGAUGAUCACCUGCAUCUUCUCCCUGAAGGAGGAGGUCGGAGCUUUAGCCCGAGGCCUGCGACUCUUUGAGGAGAAGGGCAUCAACCUGACGCACAUCGAGUCGCGCCCGUCGCGGAUGAACAAAGAACAGUUUGAGUUCUUCAUCAGCGUGGACGCCAGCUGCUCCCAGGCCCUGGACGAGGUCAUCGACGGCCUGCGGACGCAGAUCAGCGGCCACGUGCACGAGCUGUCGCGCAACAAGCAGAAGGACACAGUGCCAUGGUUCCCUAAUGACAUCCAGGACUUGGACCGCUUCGCCAACCAGAUCCUCAGUUACGGCUCCGAGCUGGAAUCUGAUCACCCGGGCUUCACAGAUACAGUGUACAGAGCCCGCAGGAAGGAGUUUGCCGACAUCGCCUACAACUACAGACAUGGCCAAAUCAUCCCUCGGGUGGAGUACACGGAGGCGGAGAAGCUCACAUGGGGGACGGUGUUCAAGGAGCUGAAGACCCUGUACCCGACUCACGCCUGCCACGAACACAACCGGGUGUUCCCCCUGCUGGAGAAAUACUGCGGCUACAGGCAGGACAACGUCCCGCAGCUGGAGGACGUGUCCCGCUUCCUGCAGUCGUGCACGGGCUUCCGGCUUCGCCCGGUGGCCGGCCUGCUCUCGUCACGGGACUUCCUGGCCGGACUCGCCUUCCGCGUCUUUCAUUCCACGCAGUACAUUCGCCACGGCUCCGAGCCCACGUACACACCUGAGCCGGAUAUCUGCCACGAGCUCCUGGGACACGUUCCUCUGUAUGCCGACUCCAGCUUCGCCCAAUUUUCACAGGAAAUCGGUCUCGCCUCCCUCGGCGCCCCGGACGAGUUCAUCGAGAAACUUGCUACUGUGUACUGGUUCACCGUGGAGUUUGGCCUGUGUAAGCAGGGCUCGGAGAUCAAAGCUUACGGCGCCGGCUUGCUUUCAUCGUUUGGCGAGCUGCAGUACUGCCUGUCAGACAAGCCCAAGAUCCUGCCCUUCGACCCGGCCAAGACCAGCCUCCAGAAAUACCCGAUCACGGAGUUCCAGCCGGUUUACUUUGUGGCGGAGAGCUUCGAGGACGCCAAAGAGAGAGUGAGGAAGUUUGCCUCCACCAUCCCGAGGCCCUUCACGGUGCGCUACAACCCCUACACGUCGAGCAUCGAGGUGCUGGACAACACUCAGCAGCUCAAGAACCUGGCCGACAGCAUCAACAGCGAGGUGGGGAAACUGUGCGAAGCCCUGCGGAAACUGGACUAACUGCACAUCGAAUCUGAGCCGAGAAUCUCUUCUUUUAUUCUUAUCGGCUGCUUAGUGGCACACUUUGUAUUAAAACUACUAAAUAAUCGCAUGUUAGUGUAAUCCGAAAAGCAUUUUAGCGAGUGGAGCCUGUUACUCCUGUAGGAUGAUAAUGAAUGGGUGCGUAAUGGCUUAAAAGAAAUGUAACUGUCGAUUAUAUUUCAGUUUAAGUGGUAUUAAGAUGCAUGAUUUUCAAAAUAAGAGGGUGUUGUCGAUCAACAUCUUUUUAGUAAAGCCCUCUGAGGAAAAUUAGUGAUUCUGGGCCAUACAAAAUUGAAUUUAAAACCUACUAUGUAAACGUCAAAUUGUUUAUCUAAAAUUCUAAAAACAGCUGAAAUUAUAUUUUUAUGCAUUUCAAACAUAGCAGCAUACAACUUUUAUUUUGCUUGGCUAAAUGUAAUGUUUUGAUGAAACAAAUAAACAUUUCUCUUCUCACUCAUG